AUGCGCCGCAACACGUACCCCCUCCGGCCCAAGGCCGAGGACCACCUGCGCGCUCCCGAGCUGCCUUCGCGCAAGGUCUUCAGCUGCAUUGUCGACGACACGGCUUUGAUAGCCGGCGUCAAGAAGAGCACCCGCGACGGCAUCCGCAAGUGGGUGUCGCACGAUGCCAUCCGCCUCUAUGUCCCGCUUCACACCCUCGCCCAGCUCGACCGCCUCAAGAAGGGCAGCGAACGAAUCAAUGCCGACGCCCGCGAUGCCAUCAAGUGGCUUGACGACAUCACCUCGAUGCCCGCCGGCCAUGUCCAGCUCGAAGGCGCCGAAGAAAUCUUCCCUACGUGGGACGAGGUCGAGAGCUUUCUGCUACCCGAGACGCUCCUCUCCAUGGAGGACACCGAGUCAGACGAGGAUGACUACCCAGAAGACCUGGAGAGCUCCUUCAACCCGCUCGAUGCAUCCGACGAAACGUCCAUGAGCUCCACCCACAGCCUCGACGACCGCCCCAAGACACCGCAGUCCCCAGAAUCUUUCGCCACAGGCGACUCCAAGCUCGAGAAUCGCAGCCCCUACAAUCCAAAGGCCUCGGCGCUGGUCUUGGAGUCUCCAGACCGAACUGCUCGCAACAGCACCGAGCUGGCCCGGUCGCAGAAGUCACCCAAGAGCACCGUGCCAGCCUAUCUUCAACCCCUCUUCAACCACAUUCUCUGGAGGAUCCACAACGAGAAGAAUCCCAAUGCAGCCCUCGAGUCCUUCAUCCUACUUACAAACGACCCGACUAAGCAAAUGAUCGCUCAGCGUUUCGGCAUCCGAGCCAAGCGGCUAGAGCAGCUCCGCGAUGCUGUCGGCCGUGAGGAUCGAGAGUACAAGAACCGUCUCACCCUAUACAAGAUUGAGAGUGAGGCUGCUAAACCACAAGCCCCAAUUGAGGAGACCACAACUGAACACAACACAAUUGCCGAGCGACCCAAGUCCAGCCAUAGCAGGGUGGCAGACCCGAAUUCAGACGAUGAAGACGUCGUGCUCUUCAAACGUGCUCCCCGCGGGCCGCAAGCACAAAAUAUCAACGGCCAGCGAGUCUUCGACCCUAAUGAGUUUGGAAGAGUAAACCAACAUGCAGGAGGGCGUGGAGGCCGCGGAGGACAAGGCGGGCCUCGUGGUCGUGGAGGACCUCGAGGAGGCCGAGGAGGAUUCGCGCCUCGUGGGGCUUACGUUCCGCCAGGCCCAACAUUCCGUGCGCCACCCGCUCCUCGCAUCGUCGACCCAAAUCAACCGAUCGACCCCGAUUCAUUCUCUCGUCCAACACUCCGUGCGAGCAACGUGCGUGGGACGAGACGUAAGCUGUGGGAACCUAAUUAG